AUGGAUGUUUGCGACUUCCUCCCUGUUCGGUUUCAUUUUAAUGGGGAGUUCUUGAGGAAUAGCAAUGGACUGUUUUAUGUUGGAGAUACUCAAACUAUGUCUUAUAUAGACCGAAACAAGUUGUCACUGUCUGAAGUUGUUGGUCAUCUCCGUGAUCAUUGCACUGUCAAAGAAGGCACAUUGUUGCAUUGGCUGUUUCCAGGGAGAGACAUGAGUACAGGCCUAAGAGCUUUGGUUGAUGACCGGGUGUGCCAGUACAUAUCUGACUGCAUUGUUGAAGGUGGAGUUGCAGAUGUGUAUGUUGAAACUCACGAGCAGGAUGAAGCAGAUGAAGCAAGUGACUACGAGCAAGAGAUGGAAGAUAAUUUAGAGGAUGAUGAGAUAGAAUAUGAAGAUCUGCAACCUUUGAGUAUUAGGAAAAUUGAAAGCAAAGAAGAAGUAGAGAAGCAAGUUGCCCUUGUCAGACAAUUUUACAGUAGUCCGAAUAAAGAGAAAGAACAUGCAAAUAACAUGCCUGGACAGACAUAUGGAGAUGAGAAGUUUGACACUGACAGUGAGUACAUGCCUGGAGACUCAUGCAAUUCAGGUGAUGAUGAAGAAGUAGCCCAGAUAUAUAGGAAAUUUAGGAAUUUCAAGAAGAAGUUCAAGAGGGGUGAGGCAGCAAGCUUAGAUGAUGUGAUAUAUGAGGGUGUUGUAUCUAUGCCAGAAAGUAGGCAAGAGGAUGAGGAUGAUGGCAAUUGCACUCCAUAUAUAGACAGUAGCGAUGCUAAAUCCUAA